GUCGUUGGGCGGAGACUCAACAUGGCGGCGGUGGUACUGGUGGCGACUCGGUUGCUGCGCGGCACGGGCGCAUGGGGCCACUCGCGGCUGAGGUUUGGAACGCGGACAUGCAGACAGUUUAGUAGUGGUGCUGCCUAUCCCAGUGUUCCCCUCUCUUUUCCCUUACCUGGAGUGCCUACGCCUGUUUUUGCUACAGUUGAUGGACAGGAAAAGUUUGAAACCAAAAUCACCACCCUGGAUAAUGGGCUUCGUGUGGCAUCCCAAAAUAAAUUUGGACAGUUCUGUACAGUAGGAAUUCUUAUUAAUUCAGGAUCAAGAUAUGAAGCAAAAUAUCCUAGUGGAAUUGCUCACUUUUUGGAAAAAUUAGCAUUUUCGUCUACUGAUCGAUUUGACAGCAAAGAUGAAAUCCUGCUUGCCUUGGAAAAACACGGAGGUAUUUGUGACUGCCAGACAUCAAGAGACACUACCAUGUAUGCUGUAUCCGCUGAUUCUAAAGGCCUGGACACAGUGGUGGGCUUACUGGCUGAUGUGGUCCUGUACCCUCGGCUAACAGAUGAAGAACUUGAGAUGACACGAAUGGCUGUCCGCUUUGAACUGGAGGACCUGAAUAUGCGACCUGACCCAGAGCCACUUCUCACUGAGAUGAUUCAUGAAGCUGCUUAUCGAGAAAACACCGUAGGCCUGCACCGUUUCUGCCCCAUAGAAAACUUACCAAAAAUAGAUCGAGAAGUUCUUCAUUCCUACCUAAGAAACUACUACACCCCAGAUCGCAUGGUUUUGGCUGGUGUCGGGGUAGAACAUGAACACUUGGUGGACUGUGCCAGAAAGUACCUCCUAGGAGCCCAGCCAGCCUGGGGAAGCGGGGACACUGUGAAUGUGGACCGAUCUGUAGCUCAGUACACCGGGGGACUUGUCAAGUUGGAAAGAGACAUGUCCAAUGUCAGCCCUGGCCCCACCCCAUUCCCUGAGCUCACACACAUCAUGAUAGGACUGGAGAGCUGCUCCUUUCUGGAAGAAGAUUUCAUCCCCUUUGCUGUGCUGAACAUGAUGAUGGGAGGCGGUGGCUCCUUCUCAGCUGGUGGACCUGGCAAGGGCAUGUUCACCAGGCUCUACCUCAAUGUACUCAACAGGCACCACUGGAUGUACAAUGCCACUUCCUACCAUCACAGCUAUGAGGACACAGGCCUCCUGUGUAUUCAUGCCAGCGCAGACCCUCGACAGGUUCGAGAAAUGGUGGAAAUUAUUACAAAGGAGUUCAUUUUGAUGGGUGGAACUGUGGAUGUGGUGAAGCUGGAGCGAGCCAAGACUCAGCUGAUGUCCAUGCUUAUGAUGAACCUGGAGUCCAGGCCGGUCAUCUUUGAAGAUGUAGGGAGGCAGGUGUUGGCCACCCGCUCCAGAAAGCUGCCUCAUGAGCUGUGUGAGCUCAUCUGCAACGUGCAACCAGAAGAUAUCAAGAGAGUUACCAGUAAAAUGCUCCGAGGGAAGCCUUCUGUGGCCGCCCUGGGUGACCUGUCAGACCUGCCCACCUAUGAGCACAUCCAGUCAGCCCUGUCCAGUAGGAACGGCCGCCUGCCCAGAACAUACCGGCUGUUUCGGUAGAGGCUUCCAAGAUCUCAUUGACCUACAGCACUGUAGAUAGAACAUGGUUUUAUGCAGUUUCCUUGAUGGAACAUUAGUACAGGGAUUUCUUAAGGAUUUCUUUCUGCUCUUAAUUGUGAGUGAAGAGAAUUCAUAUGGCCAAGGACCUUCACACCGCAUUCUUUUAGUCAGAUCUGCCCAUUGGUGGAACAAAGUAUACUACUGUCUCUACUCUGAGCUGGAAGGAGGUGGAACACAGGAAAGACAUAGAGCACAAGAAAAACACGCACAGUGCCCACUUUGGACAUGGCUUUCAGCAUACAAGGACACUAGGCUUGUGAGACACAGUGGCCACUGAGUGCAUAGACUGUGUUACUCCAUCUGGUGUGCCUUGACCUCCUUCAUUGUUUGCUAAGAGGCUUGUGUCUGUUGUGUGUGUCGCUGUGCCCUAACCCCCCCACACACACACACACAUUUUGCUUCCUGUGACGCAUCUCAGGGCAUGACGGAUCUCACGGCCUGAUACGGAGUGGAUAAAAAAAUUUUCUUAUUC